CUAUUGCGGCGACUGCCACCACCACCACUAUAGAUAUUAAAAUACAUUGAAUUUCAACGCUCACGCAUCAAACUUGUUGUUGUUGUUGUUUGUUGCUUAUGUACAAAGUUGUUAUGAAAUAUUUGAUAUUUGAUGAUUUUUUCCAUUUCUAGCAUUUAUUUUUGCUCCAAAUAUAUUCACAUAAACAAAAUUUUAUUCAAUUGUUAUGCUUAUGUUGUGAUUAUUGUUGAAUCAGAGAAAAAAAAAUGAAUGUUUCAGCUGAAAUCGGUGACAAUGUUAAAGUUGCCCGUGAAUGUUCUCUAUUGGGGAAUUAUGAAACGGCUUUAAUCUAUUAUCAAGGUGUUGUACAACAAAUUCAUCGUCAUCUACAGACUAUCACCGAUCAUAAUCUCAAGGAAAAAUGGCAAGAAGUUCAACAAAUCAUUGCUCAAGAAUAUGAAGUGGUCAAAGAUCUUCAUGCUACAUUAUUAAAUUUCAAAGGUGAUCAUCAUAAUUCUCGGCCAAUAGGUCCUCCUUCAUUAGCUACGGUUGGAUCUUCAGGAUCAAAUGGUCCUAUUGAUCCUAAUCUUUUCGCUACCAUUUUGCAAAAUGCUUCUUAUGAUACUUAUCGCGAUCCAGAUGUAUGGCCUGAACCAGUUGAUGUAAAUCAUCAUCAUCGUUCUAUGGCUGCACCACCACCAACGGCAUCUUCAAAUUCUCGUAAGCCUGGUCAUGCGUCUUCCUCACAUCAGAAUACUAAUUAUCGUGGUGCUACUCAAAAAUCCAUUCGAAGUUCAGCUUCAUCCAAAGGUUCGUCCAAAGAUCCACGUGCUAAAAGUAAAGAUGCUUCGAGUUUACGAAUGUCGGAUACAAAACGUAAAACUAAUACACCAAGCAAUAAUUCUGGUGCCAAUUCAAGCCAAACAAAUUCCAAUGGAAACGCUAAGUCAAACGAUGAAAAUGAGCAUAAAGAACGUCGUUUCGAAAUUCAUGGACCAGAUGCUGAACUAGUAGAAAUGCUCGAACGUGAUAUAUUGCAGAAAAAUCCUGACACUCAUUGGGAUGAUAUUGCCGAUUUACAAGAGGCUAAACAUUUAUUGGAAGAAGCUGUCGUAUUGCCAAUGUGGAUGCCGGAUUUUUUUCGUGGUAUCCGUAGGCCAUGGAAGGGUGUACUGAUGGUAGGACCACCAGGAACCGGUAAAACAAUGUUGGCUAAAGCUGUAGCGACAGAAUGUAAAACAACAUUUUUCAAUGUUUCAUCCACUACAUUGACAUCAAAAUAUCGGGGAGAAUCAGAGAAAUUAGUUAGACUUUUAUUUGAAAUGGCACGUUUUUAUGCACCAUCCACUAUAUUUAUUGAUGAAAUUGAUUCGCUUUGUUCACGAAGAGGUUCAGAUAAUGAACAUGAAGCAAGUCGAAGAGUGAAAUCCGAAUUGUUGAUACAAAUGGAUGGAAUAACUAAUAAUGAUGAUCCAUCCAAAGUCGUUAUGGUUUUAGCUGCCACCAAUUUUCCUUGGGAUAUUGAUGAAGCUUUACGACGACGAUUAGAGAAACGAAUUUACAUUCCAUUACCUACUGCCGAAGGUCGAGAAGCAUUACUUCGAAUCAAUCUACGUGAAGUGAAACAAGCAGUAGAUUUGGAUGUUGUUGAAAUUGCUCGUCGUUUGGAUGGCUAUUCUGGUGCAGAUAUUACCAAUGUUUGUCGCGAUGCUUGUAUGAUGGUCAUGCGACGUCGUAUUCAUGGUUUGACGCCCGAACAAAUACGUUCACUAUCGAAAGAAGAGCUUGACCUUCCUGUUACAUUUACUGAUUUCGAAGAAGCAAUGCGAAAGAUCAAUAAAUCAGUUUCGCCAGAAGAUUUGAAAAAAUAUGAAAAAUGGAUGGCCGAAUUUGGUUCGACGUAAAAAUAAAUUACAAUUUACUUUACAAAAUAAAAAUUAUAUGCUCCUGUAAUUGUAAUUCAGAUAUAUAUCUUUAAAGUGUUUUUUAAAAUUAAUUCUUUUUUCAAAUAAAAAAAACAUAUUUUACAACUACAACCAGUUGUCAUAUGAAAAUUAAUGAAUUCGUUGUUUCAGACCUUUCAUCAUUCAAGGUUAAAUUUGGACGACGGCUAACAGUAUGACUUCAGCAUAAGGCACUAAAACUAUCUUUAAUUUUUUUUUGUGGCCAAUUCCAUUGUCUGAUCAGCUGAUGAAUGUUUCCCAAUGAUGAUGAUAACGAUGAAAGUGAAUUGAUAAAGGAAAAACAAUAACGAAAAGAUCAAAUCAAUAAAGUCAACACUAAAAAAAAAAA